AUGGCUGCACAAAAACAAUGGCUCUCUACGCUGCUGACUGAAAUUAAAAAGAGCCCGUUGUCAUCAAAUUUAGCUUUUGGACUAGUACUUUUUUGCUUUGAGAAGAUCGUGGAAGUUGAAUUUGCAUGCCCUUGCUCUGCAAAUUUGAAUCCUUUGUUUGCUUCAUUGUUCUUUGUUGUUCCAGCUGUCAUAGUCUUUAUCCUCAUGCUCAUGAUUAAAGGAUGCUGUAAAAUGUCCGCAGAGUAUAUCUGUGACAGCUUUGUCCCUUCCAUAACGUGGCUGAUAAUAGUAUUUCUUGAUGGCCGGUACUAUGUCUGUGCGAGGACAAACUGGUCAGGAAGAUAUAAAAUAAUUGAAGGCGCUGAACCGCAACGAUGGUGUAAACCACACAACAUGUCUGAAGAGUACGCUGACUUAAGUCAGGGAUGGUACGCUGAAUCUCAGGUAAGAAACAAUCUGAUGUUUCUAAUUACACAAAUCAUUGAUGUGGUUAAAAUGACUAUGAAAGGGAAGGAUAAGUGGACUGCCACAGUAAAAGAAAAAUUCAAGAACAGCCCCUUUACAGCAAAUUUUUGUUUUGGAAUCAUACUUUAUUGCUUUGAGAAGAUUGUCAAGAUCGAGUUUGCAUGCCCUUGUGCUGAUGGAUGGAAUCUUAGGAUUGCUGCAGUGUUCUUUGUUGCUCCAGCUCUCAUUGUCUUUAUGAUCAUGUUUGUGAUGCGUGGGUGCAGGUGUGGGGUGUCGUGCUGUUCAAAUUUCAAUAACAGCUUAGUCCCUGCCCUAACGUGGCUGAUAAUAGUACUUCUUGAUGGCCGGUAUUACACCUGUGCGAGGACAAACUGGUCAGGAAAAUAUGAAGCCAUUGAAGGCGCCGAACCUCAUCGAUGGUGUAAACCAACCAACAUUUCUCAAUUAAACCAGUAUCUGAGCAAGAGUCAGAGAUGGUACUCUGAAUCUCAGGUCUUUGGAUUCAUGGUGCUUUUUGUGCUGACUGUAUUGUACUGCAUCUCUUGGUGCUGCCGUGACACAAACGCAACCGAAGAAAAAGAAGUUAAGGAAUUUGACAUAGAGAUGGAAGGUGUAGACCUAUAGACUCUGUAUAAGUCUUAAUUCCACUGAAAAACAACUGAAAAACAUGAAUUAAAGACUUAAAUUGUCAUUAAAAUAAUAUAUUUAUGGAUUAACAGAAUAUCUGAGCUAAAGCAUCAUUUGCAGUACAAAUUGAUGGAAAAGGAACACUUUUUGGUCAUAUUGUAUAGAGGUCCUUCUCCUAAGUAAGUUUCUGCCCUCUAAACUGUGCAUCAAAGUAAUGUUUGAAUACAAUAUGUUUUUAGUUGUUUUCUUGUCAUUUAUUCCGCACGGGUGUAAAGAAGUGAAACCAUUAUUUGAUUCGACCUGUGUUAGUUUACUUAAAUGGUUCAUCAAUAUGAGAGACAGUUUUUUCAGCUUGUGUCAUCUUAAAUAUGUAGAAUUGCUCCUUUUCCUCCUUGUGUGUGUACUGUGUUUAUUAUACAUGAUGAGCAUUAUUCAUUAAUAUGAACAGAAUAUUGGCAGACAAACUGUAUCCUGACUUUGUACAUAGUUUCACUUAUUUUGUUUGUUAGUAUACUAUUUUUCCUUGUAUCCAGUCUUCAUGCAAUCAUGGAUUUUUAUUUUUAUUUCUUUGAAUAAAAUUAAAGAUAUUU